GUGGAGUCGUUGGUAGAAAACUGGUCCGUCAACUUUUCAGUAUAGGUCCUCUUUGCUGCCUUAAUCUCCUUUGUUAGCUUGUUCCUGGCCUGCUUGUUCAGGUCCCGAUCCCCACUCCUGUAGGCCUCUUCCUUGUCCUGGCGUAGUCUCCUCAGCUUUGCAGUGAACGACGGUUUGCUAUUGUUGUAUGUGCAGAAGGUUUUGGUCUGCACACUCAUGUCCUCACAGAAACUAAUGUAGGACGUCACAGUGUCUAUUUUCUUUUAGGAGUACAUUUAAAAUAUAUUAUAGCUCACUCGCAAAACAUGUAAACAUGAAAACACGGUGACGUAGUCAGUCAACACAUGUUCCCACGUUUUUUGUUGUAGUUUAUUUUUUUAAUUUCCUUGAACUCCAUAUUGUAAUAUCAGAUAACUUGGCAUACAGAAACCCAUUAUAUGCAGCACUCAAAACAUCAUGCUGAUUUACUCACCGUUGUCUGUCCUGAUAGCUUCUUGAUUGCUUCAGUGAGUUUCCUGGGGGCAAGAAAAGAAUAAAGAUUUUGUAUGAUCUGACCCAUAAAGCUACAUGCAUUGGGCGUUCUGUGGCUGCUCUGAAUAAAAACGCUACAUAAAAACGCAUAAUCCUGCAUUUUAUGUUGUAGUGUUCAAAAUCUCAUCGUACAAACGUUCAUUGACGAAGCACUGGAAGUUUUAACUGUUUAAAAUGAGAGACGGCUGAAUUUUUGACCAGGACUUGGAGUUAGUGAUGCAUGUAACAGGCCCGGGCCUAGAACACUGUCCAAGUUCCCUCCAGAACACCCCACACCACCCCCAACUCCCCGAAACUACGCUGGAUACGACGUAGGAAAUUCCAAGAAAUGAAAAUUGGAUAAAUACAAAUAAUCCAAUGCAUCUAUUUGUGACUCAACUUUGUUUUGAUGGUAAAAAUGUGGUUGGUUUAAUCAGAAAUUCCCUUUAAACAUGUUUUUUGUUCGAAAUUGUUUGACCGCAAUGCAUUGUGGUCUGUUUUGGCUAAUCGAAUUAGCACCGAUCCAGGCUAAUCUUAAGCGAUUUCUGGGAUAUUUCUAGUGCACUUGAUUCGGACAGAACUAGAAAUGGGUAAACACACUUUAAAGGAAGCCUGUCUGUCUGUUCAUGAAGCCUCGUGUAACCACAUGCCAUAUGUUAAAUGGCAAUAUAAUCGAUGAGUUUUAUGAUAAAAGUUACUGUACGCCCAACAAAAAUGUGCCAUCUGAUACAGAGCUCUAAAGCACAAACCUCCUUUUCCAGUAUCUUCUUGUUCUUGAUGGAAUAUCAUAUGUAGAAUCCGGUAAGAUAUAUUUCCUUCUUCUUUGAUCCAUAACGACUUUUUUGAAACAAGAAAAAGCACAAAACCCAACACGAAGGACGCUUUAUCACUCCUGUGAUGGAACUGAAAGCAGUCUGAUUCCGCGCGUGCGCAAAAGGCGUCUUCUUCUACUUGUUCGGACAGGAAGACUGCGAAAUGCGUCAACUUCCGCUAGAGGGUCCCAAACCAAAAAGCCAGCAUAAAAAGGCGACAUAUUGUUGCUGCAUGCUAGAGCAUUGUGACCGGCUUCGAGCGUAUGCUGCUAGAUUUCAAGCUUUAACAAUCAGGGAACAAUGAAGUUUGCACUGGUGAGCUGGUCAACCGGCGAGGACAAAGACGCCCUCAGCAUUAUCCCAACAGCUUGGAUUGUUGAUUAUGAUGCGGAAAGCCAAAAAAAGGUCUAUUACGUGGAGUGUCGGACAGGCAAGAAACCGACCAAUGGAUGGAUGGUUGAACCGGCGGAGAUUCUACAUUUAGCAGGCAAGUACUCGUCGUCGUUGUUGUUUUGCUGUCUCUAAAAUUUUGCAAAUUACAAAAAUUAUGGUUAAACAAAUUAAGUGGCACUAAAAUGAUCAACUUAAGCGGUUCGCCGUUGGCUAAUGUUAAGAGUUUGUUUGUCUUUAAUUUUUUUUAAUUAUUAUUAUUAUUAUUAUUAUUAUUAUUAUUUUUUUUUUAUUUUUAUUUUUUUAACCGAAAGUGGAAAGGCCUUGGUCAUUUUUCUGUAGAAUGGCGGAUUGCAUCAGAAAUUCACCUUUGAUUUGGGGGUGGGGUUGUUGGUGCAGGAUAUCAACCUGGGCUCAUGGCCCAUGCACGUUUCCUUUGUUCCCAUUGCCCCGCCAUUUUCUCCAAGUAGAACAAGGGUGCUCAUUCUGGGCCUUAAGAGCCACCCCUACCCGUGUACUUUAAAACAGUAUACAUUUCUACCCUGCUUUGUUUUAACGCAACGUUUUGAGUUUUAUAAUUAUUAGCCAUUUUAUGUUUGCAUUAAUUUCUGUCUUUCUCCUCUCUUAUUUAAAGAAAAAGAGUCCGUACUCAAGGCUAUUGAGCAAAAGAUGCUGUUGGAGGGCAUCACAGAGACCAAGAAAAGAAGAAGAGUGCCAAAGUCUUUCAACAACGCAGAGGAGGAAACUCAAGAAACGGUUCCCAAAAAGGUACCAAUAUCAUCCUUGCUGAAAAGAACUGUUAAACAACUGACAAAUUCCAUUUUAAAACUGAUAUCAUAAUUUCUUUUUCCAUUUCCUUAAAUGUUUGUUUUUUACCCAGCAGAAAAAUUACAGACAACUUGCUGCAAAACGAGCUGCAUCUGAAAUUCUUCAGACAAACUAUGUGCAGAGUUCCCCAAUGGAAGAGGAGGUCACAGCUCUAAGGAGAGAAAAUGUAAGCUUACAGGAGCAACUGAGUGACCUCACAGCGCAAGUGAUGUCAUUAAAGAAAGAAAAUAGCAGGCUGCGCAAAAUGGCAGUUGAAGAAAUUCCAUCACUCGUGGGUGCUGUGAAGACCCUCAUUUCCGAAAGGGACUCUGCUCAACAACAUGAGUCCACACCCUCCAAAUCAGCAGCACUAAGGAACAAUGUCAAUGUCACUGAUCAUUCUUUGGUGACUGCGGUACAUCCCAGAACUCCUGAUUCCAUGUCAGAAGACUUCACGCUGGCUGCUCUCAGGGGGAAACAAACCAAUACACCAGCAUCAGUGCCACUAGGGACUGAUGGUGAUGUGAUGGUGUCGGCCCAUUGCUGGGAGACGGCGAGGGCCCAACCAACGGCCAAAGGAAUGGCACGGACCCUGCUGCUGGGCCUUUUUAGUGUUGAGGUCCUGUUAAGGUCCAACCUUACAGGAGGGGUGAACAAGGUGGAACCUUCAGCUGAACGACGUCAGGCUCUGGACCCCCAGAAGCUAAAGGCUCUACUUGAUGCUGUCAUCCAGCACCAUCCAGCUGCAAAGGUGGCGGACAUAAGGACAAACAUAAAUAAGAAAAUCUGUGAGCUCCGGCACCAGGAAAAAAAGAAAACAAUGGACAGUAGCUCUUUAAGUUUUUAGUGUGAAUUUAAAAUUUUGUGAUGUUUUUUAUUUGAAUAAAAUUCAAACAAUCAUUGCUAAGUCAUUGAAUGUUUUUUCUAGAACCUAAAAUAUAUCUGAUGUUGCAAAGCAUCUUUGUAUGUAAGGUAUUAUCGUAAAGGACAUAUCUGGUAUAAAUGCCAAUAUAUUAUAGAGCAUAUAUCAAGUAUAUACAGCAAUAUAUCACAGUAUAAACCACAGUAUAUUAUGUAGCAUAUAUCAGCAUAUACAGCAAUAUAUCACAGUAUAAACCACAGUAUAUUAUGUAGC